CAUUAAAUUAACGAUAUAUAAAAAAAAAAAAUACGAAUAAAAACUAUGUCUCGCCGCGGUAAAAAAGACGAAUACAUUCAAACAAAAUGCGAAGGAUGGAAUGGAAAAUUCGUAUAUGGCGAAGGAUCUGCCAACAAUGUCUCCAAAGUGCGUAAGCACAACGAAUUCGUAACGAAUACAAAUAAUUUCUACGGAUUCAACAGAGAACCAAUUAUCCUGCCAACAACGUGGGACGGCACAUUCGCCAAGAGCGGCGAAGUUCGUAUACAACAGGAACGCAAUCGAUCCGAUGAUCAGAAUUACUUUGACUACAAUACUGAGCCGACAAUUUUGCCCACCGAAUGGAAUGGCCAAUUCGAAUUGGAUCCAGACGAUGUCCGCAUAAAGCCAGAACGAAAUUAUUCAGAUGUCAGGGAUUAUGCGGAGGCAAAAAGAUUCCGGCAAGUGAAUUGAGUUGAGAACAAUGGCGAGCAGCAAAUAGCAGUAUUGGAUAAAAAACAAAAAUAACAAAUAAAAAAUCCAGAAAAAAAAAUAAAA